AUGGAUGCCAUCAAGAAGCAGAGGAAAAUUUUACGAACGGCCUUCACGAGAGCACUCAAUGCUUUCUCGACGACGAUGGACAGUGAUUGUUCGAGAGACGACAAGAUGGUGGCCUUCCAGUUUCUGGAAACGAAGAUGACGGAAUUAGAUACCGUGCAUGCAACGUACAGUAACGCGCUCUUCCAAUCGAAUUUAGACGAAGAGGCUAUUGCCAAGGAAUUGGAAGUAGACGACGUCUACAAGACACAGUAUCUUACAGCGAAGAUGAGGGUAACGGCAUUACUGUCUGCGACACCGGACGGCGGUUCGAGGACGACGAUCGCUAAUACCACCAAGACAUCGAAAUUUCCUAAGCUGGAAUUACCGAAAUUUAGCGGUAAUAUUAAGGAGUGGCUUCCGUUUUGGAGUCAAUUCAAAAAGAUAAACGACGAUCCAUCGAUCAGUAACGAAGAUAAGUUUCAAUACUUGCUGCAGGCUACUAUCCCGGAUUCCCGAGCAAGUGAGCUGGUGAAAAGUUUCCCGCCUACCGGCGAAAAUUACGGAAAGGCAAUCGCGAGUCUCAAAAAUCGGUUCGGACGAGACGACAUUGUGGUAGAAUUUUACGUCCGUGAGCUGCUGGGUCUCGUGUUGCAAAACGCGGUAAAAGGGAAUAAGAAGACAUCGCUUUCGAGCAUAUUUGACAAGAUCGAGUGCUAUAUUCGGGCAUUAGAAACGCUUGGCGUGACAACGGAUAAAUGCGCGGCCAUGCUUUAUCCGUUGGUCGAGUCGACUCUCCCGGAAGAGGUCCUACGAGCAUGGCAACGCAGUGGACAACGAGGAACGACGGAAGUCAAUGGACAACGCGAGACGAUGGAUCGGCUGGCCAAGUUGCUGAAAUUUUUGCAAGUGGAAGUCGACAAUGAGGAACGCAUCGACAUGGCGUUGACCGGAUUCGGGCUGUCGGCGGAUGCAGAAAAGGCGAGGAAACAAAAGAACAAAUCGGAGACCUUGAAGGAAACGGCGAGCGCUAGCGUUUUUCUUGUUUCGAAAGAACAAAAGAAACCGGUCUGUAUUUUUUGUAAAGCGAAUCACGAAAGCUCGAAUUGCGAGGAAGCACGUAAGUUAACUUUGAAUGAACGUAAAGAGAUUGUCAAAAGAGAAAAUGGUUGUUUUAACUGUCUAAUUCGGGGUCACGCGGCACUAAGAUGCAGAAGUAGACUGAAAUGCGAUUGGUGUUCGAAGCGUCAUGUCUUGUUAAUGUGCCCGACCAUAACUCGUGAUGAAAGCGCUCCCGCGAACAAAGUAGAGGAUAACAAGAAAACAGUCGAGGAGUCAAAUCUAGUGACAUUUUGCGAAAGACACGAGGUUUAUUUGCAGACUCUUCGAGUAAAAUUGUAUUCCGCGUCACGAGAAAAGAUUGUAAGAGCAGUUAUAGACACAGCCUCACAACGUUCAUAUAUCCGCACCGAGGUCGCGAAAGAGUUAGGGUAUGCUUCUCGCGGAGAAUUGGAAGUCACGCACUCACUGUUUGGUGGGGCUAAAUCAGAAGUCGAGAAGCAUAACAUGUUUUUGAUACGUAUGAGAAGUCUAGACGGUUCUUAUGCUUGUAACUUCUCCGCUAUGAACCAAGACAUUAUUUGCGGCACUAUUUCCGGUAUUAAAAUCGAUACGUGGGUCAACGAAUUACGUGAUAAGAAUAUUAAUUUGACUGAUAUUGGAGGUGGAAUUAAUCCCAUAGAUGUUCUUAUCGGUGCGGAUAUAGCAGGCAAAUUAAUGACUGGUCGAAAAUAUAAUCUGAAAAAUGGACUAACAGCUUUUGAAACUCUCGUAGGUUGGACUGUAAUGGGAAAAUUGCCAGUGGUAUCGCAAAGAGAUGACACGGCGACGAUGAUUGCGACGCUUUUUGUGCAGGAGGCUGAUCCAUCCGAUCUAUGGCGUUUAGACGUUAUAGGUAUCACCGAUCCCAUCGGUAAAGCAGAUAAAGUGGUAAGAGACGAACAAGUCCGAGAGUCUCUAAGAGAAACCAUUAAGUUGAACGACUAUGGUCGGUACGAAGUUAAAUUGCCGUGGGUAAACGAUCACGUACCUGUCUCAAGCAACUACGAUAUCGCGCGCAAUAGAUUACAAAGAUGUGUUCAAAAGCUCAAAGCCCAAGAUUUGUUCGAUGCCUAUAAUAACGUUUUUCAGGAGUGGUUGCUGGAGGGCGUGGUGGAAAGAGUACCCGACAGCGAGCUUAACAAUUUAGGACACUAUUUGCCACAUCGACCAGUAGUAAAGACACAUGGCACAACGAAAAUAAGGCCGGUAUUUGACGCUUCAGCGUGCAGAAAGGGUUACCCGUCCUUGAAUCAAUGUUUGGAAACGGGUCCCAACCUGAUUGAACUAGUGCCAUCUUCUUUAAACAAAUUCAGAGAGAGGGAGAUUGGUAUUGUGUCCGACAUUAAAAAAGCGUUUUUGCAAAUAUCUGUACACGAAAAUGAUAGAGAUUAUCUUCGCUUCCUUUGGAUGAGAGAUAAUGAAAUAGUAAUUUUUCGGCAUUGUCGAGUCGUUUUCGGUUUGGCAUGUAGUCCCUUUUUAUUAGCGGCUAUUCUGGAGUUUCAUCUCUCGACUUACACGGAAAACGCAGAACAGACAAGGAAUACAGUACAGAGAUUGAAAGGCGCAUUUUACGUAGAUAAUUGCGUGACAAGCGUAGACUCUAAGAAGGAAGCGGAGAGCUUUGUGCGAGAAGCCACGUCUAUUUUAGCAGCGGGCGGUUUUGAAUUGCGUGGAUGGGAGAGCUCAGGGGAUUCGAAAGAAAAUGAGACAAGUUUAGUGUUGGGUCUUUUAUGGAAUAAAAUGGAGGACACAAUAUCGAUCAAUCCGUCGAUUAAGCAUAAAUGA